AUGGCUGUUUCAAGCAGCUACAUCAAAAAAUUUCUGAUAUUUGAUGAUCCGUCCUUAUGGAAAUACUUACCACUGUUUUUCUUUGGUGUUGCACUUGGAGGCUCAUUACUGAAAGAACUGGAUGUUGUGCCGGUAACAUACUUCAGCCACAGCAGAAAUCUACUCAACUUAUAUUUUGUAAAGAUUUCCUGGGGCUGGACCUUGGCCCUUUUGCUGCCCUUUAUAUUUCUGUCCAACUUCUAUGACAAAAACCUCAUUUAUGUUUUUAAACACCUUACAUCUCUUGUUGUGGCCACAGCCAUUUGGUACUUGUGCACAGAGACCUUUUUUUACAUUGAGAAUAUCACAGGAGCGUGCUACGACAACAUGGAGAUUAUGAAAUUCAGCACAAAGGGAGAGUGCAAAAAGGCAGGUUUCACAUGGGAUGGGUUUGAUAUAUCGGGCCACUGCUUCAUAUUGUCCUACUCCACGCUUCUGAUUGUGGAAGAGAUUGCUCCAAUGAAACACCUCAGGCAACAAUAUCAUAACAGACCUGUAUUCAUUGAUGCUCUAUACUUUGCACUCAAUUUCAUCGUCUUCCUCUGGAUGUGGAUGUUCGGUUGCACCUCUGUGUACUUUCACAACACAAUUCAGAAGUUUCUUGGCACCUUCUUUGGCAUCUUGGGCUGGUCUUUGACUUAUAAGUUUUGGUACAUAAACCCUUUGUCACCAGGGCUUCCUCCUCGUCAUAUUGAACAUAAACAACAAGACUAG